UUUGACAACCAACCAGCGCCGGACACCUCAUCUUGCACUGCAGCGGGCCGAUAAUUCCGUAUCUCGGGACAACCACUCCCCUCAUAAUUGGCUUCCAUUCUUUUUGCUGCUUAAAUCAUUCUAAUCACUCCUUUCAGGAACACCAAGCCUCGCUCCACACUCCCUAUCAUCCGAGCUGGUUUCACCCCUUCAUCGCUGCCUCCCAACCCAAUGGAUCCUGACGCCGAAAUCCAAUUCGAAUUCCCCAACUUGAUUCGCCAGUACAAGAGCGGCCGCAUCGAGCGUUUUGCUUUCUACGUCACGAACAAAAUCCCCGCUGCCGCCGACCCGGAAACCGGCGUCACCUCCAAAGACGUCGUGAUCGACCCGGAAACCGGCGUUUCCGUCCGCCUCUUCCUCCCCAAGCUCGGUGACACCGCUCCGAAGAAGCUGCCAAUCUACGUCUACUUCCACGGCGGAGGCUUCGUCAUGGGCUCCGCCUUCGAUCCCCCCUCCCACCACUACCUCACUCACCUGGUGGCCAAAGCCAAUGUCAUCGCCGUCUCGGUGGACUACCGCCUGGCCCCGGAGCACCCACUGCCUAUAGCCUACGAGGAUUCCUGGGCGGCGCUAAAGUGGGUGAUGUCCCACGCUGCGGGCGGUGGCGCUGAGUCGUGGCUGGCCGAGCAUGGAGAUUUUGGGGCCAUUUUUUUGGACGGCUGCAGCGCGGGUGGAAACAUAGCCCAUCACAUGGCGCUGCGCGCUGGCGCAGCGGAGCUCGGACCUGGGGUGAGGGUACGAGGGUUGGUAUUGGUCCAUCCCUACUUCUUGAGGAGGGAACCGUACCCUUCGGAGUUGGUGGAUAAGGGGCUGAAGGAGAAGAUUGAUGGGCUGUGGCUGCUGGUUUGUCCCGGGACGGUUGGAAUGGACGACCCGCUGGUGAACCCACUGGCGGAGGCGGCGCCGAGCUUGAAGGGAUUGGGGUGCGAGAAGGUACUGGUGUGCGCGGCGGAGAAGGAUGGCUUGAAGGACAGUGGGAGGGCGUACUACGAAGGGGUGAGGAGGAGUGGAUGGGGAGGCGAGUUGGAGUGGUUCGAGUCGGAGGGGGAGGGGCACGCGUUCCAUUUUAUGAAGAUGAGCUGUGAGAAAGCUUUGGAGCUGAUGGAACGUACGGUGAAGUUCAUCAAUGGCAGCUGAUCAAGCCUUUCUGGAUGCUAGGAAAAGGGCUGGUGAUGGGAAUGGAGAAGGGGAUAUGGUAAUUGAUCCAUUGAUGGGAAUUAAUUGUUAAAUGGUUAAAUAGCGUCUAUCGCGCUUCUGGAAAUGGGGAAAUGAUUUCCAUAACAGAGAGUGCCCAUUGUAGAUGGGAAAAUAAGAUUGAACAGAAUGCUGUUGGUCAUCUCCUCCGUUCAAUUCAGUGAGUGGACUGCAUUUUCCUAUUUUAAAUUUGCCAAAAGAUAGCGUUUUCUGCAUUUUAUCUUCUUGUGUGGAAGUUUUCUUCUGAUUCCGUCGGUGGUUGGAUAGAAAAAAAUGUGAAUCUCCUUUUAUACCAAUGGCGUCCUUUUCCAGAAGCUUAUCUCAAAAUAAAAUAAUAAAAAAAUACUUUGUUGACUUUUCAA